CUGUACAAGGUUUCUUUAGUUCAUGGGCCUGUGGUUUGGUAUUUUUGUCAUUGCCAUGUUGUUUUUGGGAGUCAAAUUAGACCAUUUGGAAGAGUUUUUGGUUACACUCUUCCUACUCUGUGAUGCUGUGUUGAAGAAGACUGGAAACUAGAGAUUUAGACCAUAAACUCAUAAGGACAAUGUUUACUAAGGGAAAAGAUCAGCUGAGGAGGAGGACCUUCUACCUGGACUUGCCGGCCUUUCGUGAGGCCGUGCCUGAUUUCAGUCCGGACCUGUUGAAGACUUCAGUCUGCAGACUGAGAGAAGAAAGAGGUUUUUGUUUUUCGACCCAAACAGCCUCCGCCACCGUAGAGGACUUCCAGAUCCGUCCUCACUGUCUGUUUGUCCACUCGUACCGAGCGCCGGCCUUCUGUGACCACUGCGGCGAGAUGCUGUGGGGACUCGUGCGACAGGGACUCAAAUGUGAAGGCUGCGGUCUGAACUAUCACAAGCGCUGUGCCUUUAAGAUCCCAAAUAACUGCAGCGGGGUGAGGAGGCGGCGCUCGUCCAACGUGUCUCUGACAGGAGGGCUGGUGAACAUCUGUCGCCCGCUCUCUGCGGAGCCUUCACCGCCUCACUACACCGACGAGGCUUUACUGUCUCCAGUCAGUCCAAGUAUGGAGCAGAAGAACCAGCUGGAGUACUUCCCGGGCCGAGAGCGGCGCUCCAGCUCGCAGUCCUACGUCGGCCGUCCCAUCGAACUGGACAAGAUCCUACUCUCCAAAGUCAAAGUCCCACACACGUUCCUGAUCCACUCGUACACCCGACCCACCGUCUGCCAGCACUGCAAGAAGCUGCUGAAAGGCCUCUUCAGACAAGGCCAGCAGUGCAAAGAUUGUAGGUUCAACUGUCACAAACGCUGCGCCCCCAAAGUGCCCAACAACUGCCUGGGUGAAGUCUCAAAGAAUGGAGACCUCCUGAGCCCGGGGGCGGAGUCAGACAUGGUCAUGGUGGAGGGUUGUCUCGACGACCACGACAUGGACCGGCGAGGCAGUCUGCUGGACGACAUGGACGAAGCGCUGACGUCAGAGGGCGGUCUUCUUCUGGAGGCGGGGCCUAGUGACCUCUGUGACAUGCAUGACCCGGACCUGGACGAGUCCAACCGCGCCAUCAGCCCGUCAACCAGUAACAACAUCCCUCUGAUGCGGGUCGUUCAGUCCGUGAAACACACGAAGAGGAAGACCAGCAACGUGAUGAAGGAGGGCUGGAUGGUUCACUACACCAGCAAGGAUUCUCUGAGGAAGAGACAUUACUGGAGGCUGGACAGUAAAUGCAUCACACUGUUCCAGAAUGACACAGGGAGCAAAUACUACAAGGAGAUCCCUCUCUCUGAGAUCCUGUCCUUGGAGCCGGCUCAGACCCUCUCUCUGCUGCCCGAUGGAGCAAACCCUCACUGCUUCGAGAUCGCCACAGCGUCGCUGGUUUACUACGUCGGGGAGAAUCUGCAGAGAGGCGACUCGUCUGUGAGCGGCAGCAGCAUCCUGGUGAGCGGGGUGGGACAGGAUGUGGCUCAGAUGUGGGAGAUGGCCAUCCAGCACGCUCUGAUGCCGGCUGUCUCUACAGGGAUAUCACACAACGCUCACCGUGGAGGACACAAGGAGAUCUCCGUCAGUAUCUCUGUCUCCAACUGUCAGAUCCAGGAGAACGUGGACAUCAACUCGGUGUAUCAGAUCUUUCCAGACGAGGUCCUCGGCUCGGGGCAGUUCGGCAUCGUUUAUGGAGGUAAACACAGGAAGUCCGGCCGAGACGUCGCCAUCAAGAUCAUCGACAAACUCCGCUUCCCGACAAAACAGGAGAGUCAGCUGCGUAACGAGGUGGCCAUCCUGCAGAGUUUGCACCACCCGGGCGUGGUGAACCUGGACUGCAUGUUCGAGACCCCGGAGCGGGUCUUCGUGGUCAUGGAGAAACUUCACGGCGACAUGCUGGAGAUGAUCCUGUCCAGCGAGAGGGGACGUCUGCCCGAGAGGAUCACCAAGUUCAUGGUCACACAGAUCCUGGUCGCCCUGCGUCACCUCCACUUCAAGAACAUCGUCCACUGUGAUCUGAAACCUGAGAACGUCCUGCUGGCGUCUGCAGACUCUUUACCUCAGGUGAAGCUGUGUGAUUUUGGUUUCGCUCGUAUCAUCGGGGAGAAGUCGUUCAGGCGUUCGGUGGUCGGCACGCCGGCGUACCUCGCUCCUGAAGUCCUGAGGAACAAGGGCUACAACCGCUCCCUGGACAUGUGGUCGGUCGGAGUCAUCGUCUACGUCAGUCUCAGCGGGACGUUUCCCUUUAACGAAGAUGAAGAUAUCAACGAUCAGAUCCAGAACGCUGCUUUCAUGUACCCUCCUCAUCCCUGGAAGAAGGUCUCCACUGAAG